AUGGGGGGGGGGGGGGGGGGGGGGGGGGGGGGGGGGGGGGGGGGGGGGGGGGGGGGGGGGGGGGGGGGGGGGGGGGGGGGGGGGGGGGGGUGGGGGGGGGGGGGGGGGGGGGGGGGGGGGGGGGGGGGGGGGGGGGGGGGGGGGGGGGGGGGGGGGGGGGGGGGGGGGGGGGGGGGGGGGGGGGGGGGGGGGGGGGGGGGGGGGGGGGGGGGGGGGGGGGGGGGGGGGGGGGGGGGGGGGGGGGGGGGGGGGGGGGGGGGGGGGGGGGGGGGGGGGGGGGGGGGGGGGGGGGGGGGGGGGGGGGGGGGGGGGGGGGGGGGGGGGGGGGGGGGGGGGGGGGGGGGGGGGGGGGGGGGGGGGGGGGGGGGGGGGGGGGGGGGGGGGGGGGGGGGGGGGGGGGGGGGGGGGGGGGGGGGGGGGGGGGGGGGGGGGGGGGGGGGGGGGGGGGGGGGGGGGGGGGGGGGGGGGGGGGGGGGGGGGGGGGGGGGGGGGGGGGGGGGGGGGGGGGGGGGGGGGGGGGGGGGGGGGGGGGGGGGGGGGGGGGGGGGGGGGGGGGGGGGGGGGGGGGGGGGGGGGGGGGGGGGGGGGGGGGGGGGGGGGGGGGGGGGGGGGGGGGGGGGGGGGGGGGGGGGGGGGGGGGGGGGGGGGGGGGGGGGGGGGGGGGGGGGGGGGGGGGGGGGGGGGGGGGGGGGGGGGGGGGGGGGGGGGGGGGGGGGGGGGGGGGGGGGGGGGGGGGGGGGGGGGGGGGGGGGGGGGGGGGGGGGGGGGGGGGGGGGGGGGGGGGGGGGGGGGGGGGGGGGGGGGGGGGGGGGGGGGGGGGGGGGGGGGGGGGGGGGGGGGGGGGGGGGGGGGGGGGGGGGGGGGGGGGGGGGGGGGGGGGGGGGGGGGGGGGGGGGGGGGGGGGGGGGGGGGGGGGGGGGGGGGGGGGGGGGGGGGGGGGGGGGGGGGGGGGGGGGGGGGGGGGGGGGGGGGGGGGGGGGGGGGGGGGGGGGGGGGGGGGGGGGGGGGGGGGGGGGGGGGGGGGGGGGGGGGGGGGGGGGGGGGGGGGGGGGGGGGGGGGGGGGGGGGGGGGGGGGGGGGGGGGGGGGGGGGGGGGGGGGGGGGGGGGGGGGGGGGGGGGGGGGGGGGGGGGGGGGGGGGGGGGGGGGGGGGGGGGGGGGGGGGGGGGGGGGGGGGGGGGGGGGGGGGGGGGGGGGGGGGGGGGGGGGGGGGGGGGGGGGGGGGGGGGGGGGGGGGGGGGGGGGGGGGGGGGGGGGGGGGGGGGGGGGGGGGGGGGGGGGGGGGGGGGGGGGGGGGGGGGGGGGGGGGGGGGGGGGGGGGGGGGGGGGGGGGGGGGGGGGGGGGGGGGGGGGGGGGGGGGGGGGGGGGGGGGGGGGGGGGGGGGGGGGGGGGGGGGGGGGGGGGGGGGGGGGGGGGGGGGGGGGGGGGGGGGGGGGGGGGGGGGGGGGGGGGGGGGGGGGGGGGGGGGGGGGGGGGGGGGGGGGGGGGGGGGGGGGGGGGGGGGGGGGGGGGGGGGGGGGGGGGGGGGGGGGGGGGGGGGGGGGGGGGGGGGGGGGGGGGGGGGGGGGGGGGGGGGGGGGGGGGGGGGGGGGGGGGGGGGGGGGGGGGGGGGGGGGGGGGGGGGGGGGGGGGGGGGGGGGGGGGGGGGGGGGGGGGGGGGGGGGGGGGGGGGGGGGGGGGGGGGGGGGGGGGGGGGGGGGGGGGGGGGGGGGGGGGGGGGGGGGGGGGGGGGGGGGGGGGGGGGGGGGGGGGGGGGGGGGGGGGGGGGGGGGGGGGGGGGGGGGGGGGGGGGGGGGGGGGGGGGGGGGGGGGGGGGGGGGGGGGGGGGGGGGGGGGGGGGGGGGGGGGGGGGGGGGGGGGGGGGGGGGGGGGGGGGGGGGGGGGGGGGGGGGGGGGGGGGGGGGGGGGGGGGGGGGGGGGGGGGGGGGGGGGGGGGGGGGGGGGGGGGGGGGGGGGGGGGGGGGGGGGGGGGGGGGGGGGGGGGGGGGGGGGGGGGGGGGGGGGGGGGGGGGGGGGGGGGGGGGGGGGGGGGGGGGGGGGGGGGGGGGGGGGGGGGGGGGGGGGGGGGGGGGGGGGGGGGGGGGGGGGGGGGGGGGGGGGGGGGGGGGGGGGGGGGGGGGGGGGGGGGGGGGGGGGGGGGGGGGGGGGGGGGGGGGGGGGGGGGGGGGGGGGGGGGGGGGGGGGGGGGGGGGGGGGGGGGGGGGGGGGGGGGGGGGGGGGGGGGGGGGGGGGGGGGGGGGGGGGGGGGGGGGGGGGGGGGGGGGGGGGGGGGGGGGGGGGGGGGGGGGGGGGGGGGGGGGGGGGGGGGGGGGGGGGGGGGGGGGGGGGGGGGGGGGGGGGGGGGGGGGGGGGGGGGGGGGGGGGGGGGGGGGGGGGGGGGGGGGGGGGGGGGGGGGGGGGGGGGGGGGGGGGGGGGGGGGGGGGGGGGGGGGGGGGGGGGGGGGGGGGGGGGGGGGGGGGGGGGGGGGGGGGGGGGGGGGGGGGGGGGGGGGGGGGGGGGGGGGGGGGGGGGGGGGGGGGGGGGGGGGGGGGGGGGGGGGGGGGGGGGGGGGGGGGGGGGGGGGGGGGGGGGGGGGGGGGGGGGGGGGGGGGGGGGGGGGGGGGGGGGGGGGGGGGGGGGGGGGGGGGGGGGGGGGGGGGGGGGGGGGGGGGGGGGGGGGGGGGGGGGGGGGGGGGGGGGGGGGGGGGGGGGGGGGGGGGGGGGGGGGGGGGGGGGGGGGGGGGGGGGGGGGGGGGGGGGGGGGGGGGGGGGGGGGGGGGGGGGGGGGGGGGGGGGGGGGGGGGGGGGGGGGGGGGGGGGGGGGGGGGGGGGGGGGGGGGGGGGGGGGGGGGGGGGGGGGGGGGGGGGGGGGGGGGGGGGGGGGGGGGGGGGGGGGGGGGGGGGGGGGGGGGGGGGGGGGGGGGGGGGGGGGGGGGGGGGGGGGGGGGGGGGGGGGGGGGGGGGGGGGGGGGGGGGGGGGGGGGGGGGGGGGGGGGGGGGGGGGGGGGGGGGGGGGGGGGGGGGGGGGGGGGGGGGGGGGGGGGGGGGGGGGGGGGGGGGGGGGGGGGGGGGGGGGGGGGGGGGGGGGGGGGGGGGGGGGGGGGGGGGGGGGGGGGGGGGGGGGGGGGGGGGGGGGGGGGGGGGGGGGGGGGGGGGGGGGGGGGGGGGGGGGGGGGGGGGGGGGGGGGGGGGGGGGGGGGGGGGGGGGGGGGGGGGGGGGGGGGGGGGGGGGGGGGGGGGGGGGGGGGGGGGGGGGGGGGGGGGGGGGGGGGGGGGGGGGGGGGGGGGGGGGGGGGGGGGGGGGGGGGGGGGGGGGGGGGGGGGGGGGGGGGGGGGGGGGGGGGGGGGGGGGGGGGGGGGGGGGGGGGGGGGGGGGGGGGGGGGGGGGGGGGGGGGGGGGGGGGGGGGGGGGGGGGGGGGGGGGGGGGGGGGGGGGGGGGGGGGGGGGGGGGGGGGGGGGGGGGGGGGGGGGGGGGGGGGGGGGGGGGGUAGUGGGGGGUAUCAACGGAGUUCCCCGGAGCCCCGACUGUUCCGAUACGGUGACAACAUGGGUCAAGGGAAGCACAGUGGGAUGGGAGGAGGGAGAAAGGCCUGGUCCGCCCACAGAUAUCCCAUCCUGGGGGGCAUUGGAUAGUGGGGGGCCCGUGGGAAAAGGCCUGAGCCCUAGCUACGGCCCUGGGCCUUUUUCUGGGUGGCCGCUUGAGGGCAGGUGUGCUGCACUUACGUGGAGCCGAGCCCCUGCUCCCUAA